CCAGUACCAACUGGUUCCGUCUGUGUUUUCUUGUGGUUCUCGCGUGCUACUGUGCUGAGAGGGGACCAGGAAGAAUCCGUCGUCCGGCCGGCUCGCUCUCUGCCGGCCAUGACGAGCGCCAAUAAGGCGAAGCUCCAGCUGCAGGAGAGGGUCCCGCUCCCCCGCACGGCGUGGAAGCUGGCCGACCUCGCCGUCCUUUCCCUGCUCCUGGCCCUCCUCGCCCGCCGUGCGUCCUCGCUGGUGUCGUCGGGCGGCACGGCGGCCGCGUGCACGUGGUGCUGGGUCGCCGCGCUCAUUUGCGAGGCGUGGUUCACGGUGGUCUGGCUGCUCAACAUGAACGCCAAAUGGAACCCCGUCCGCUUCGUCACGCACCCUGAACGCCUCGCCGGAUAUUGGGCGGGCGACGACGAGCUGCUGCCGGCGGUGGACAUGUUCGUGACGACGGCGGACCCGAAGCUGGAGCCGGCGGUGGUGACGGUGAACACGGUGCUGUCGCUGCUGGCGCUGGACUACCCCGCGGGCAAGCUGUCGUGCUACGUCUCCGACGACGGCUGCUCGGCGGUGACAUGCUACGCGCUGCGCGAGGCCGCCGAGUUCGCCAAGCUCUGGGUGCCGUUCACCAGGAAGCACGGCGCCAAGGUCAGGGCCCCCUUCGCGUACUUCUCCUCCUCCUCCGGCGGCGGGGCGGCGGAGCGUGGCGGUGGCGGUGGGGCCGCCGACGCCGACGCCGAGUUCCUGCGCGCUUGGACGUCCAUGAAGAACGAGUACGAGGAGCUGGUCCGCCGGAUCGAGAGCGCCGAGGAGAAGUCUCUAGUCCGGCGCGGCGACGGCGCGUUCGCCGAGUUCGUGGGUGCUGACCGCGGGAACCACCCGACCAUAAUCAAGGUCCUGUGGGACAACGACAGCAGCAAGAGCGAGAGCGAUGAGCAGGCGGCAGGGGAUGGAGUCCCAAGCCUCAUAUACGUCUCGAGGGAGAAGAGCCGCACGCAGCCCCACCACUUCAAGGCCGGGGCCAUGAACGUCCUGACGAGGGUGUCCGCGGUGCUGACCAACGCGCCGAUCAUGCUGAACGUGGACUGCGACAUGUUCGCCAACAACCCGCAGGCGGCCCUCCACGCCAUGUGCCUCCUCCUGGGCUUCGACGACGAGGUCCACAGCGGCUUCGUCCAGGCGCCGCAGCGGUUCUACGGCGGCCUCGCGGACGACCCUUUCGGGAACCAGAUGCAGGUUAUAUUCGAGAAAGUUGGACACGGAAUUGCCGGACUCCAAGGCAUAUUUUACUGCGGGACGGGUUGCUUUCACCGCAGGAAAGUCAUGUACGGCGUGCCACCGGGCUCCGGCACCGGCGCCACCAAAGCUCUGGCAGCAGCAGAUUCACCGUCCUACAAGGAGCUACAGAAGAAGUUUGGCAGUUCGAAAGAACUGAUCGAGUCGGCGAGGAGCAUCAUCACGUCGAAAGAAGCGCCAGCUGCGGUGGCAGAUCUAACGAGCCGCGUCGAAGUGGCGAAGCAAGUCUCUGCCUGCAGCUACGAGACGGGCACGAGCUGGGGUCAGGAGGUUGGCUGGGUGUACGGGUCCAUGACCGAGGACGUCCUGACGGGGCAGCGCAUCCACGCCGCCGGCUGGAGGUCGGCGCUCCUGAGCCCGGACCCACCGGCGUUCCUCGGCGGCGCGCCCACCGGCGGGCCCGCCAGCCUCACCCAGUACAAGAGAUGGGCGACGGGCCUGCUGGAGAUCGUCCUCAGCCGCCACAACCCGUUCCUCCUCUCCGCGUCCAAGCGCCUCCGUUUCCGGCAGUGCCUCGCCUACCUUGUCAUCGACGUGUGGCCCGUCAGGGCGCCCUUCGAGCUCUGCUACGCGCUGCUCGGACCCUACUGCCUCAUCGCCAACCGCUCCUUCCUGCCAAAGGCAUCGGAGCCCGGCUUCGUCGUUCCGCUGGCGCUGUUCCUGGCCUACAACGCGUACAACCUGGGCGAGUACGUGGACUGCCGGCUCUCGGCGCGCGCCUGGUGGAACAACCAGCGGAUGCAGCGGAUCACGUCGUCCUCCGCAUGGCUGCUCGCGUUCCUCACCGUGGUCCUCAAGACGGUGGGCCUCUCGGAGACGGUGUUCGAGGUGACACGCAAGGAGCAGCAGCAGCAGCAGGGCUCGCCCGACGGCGACGGCGCCGACGCCGACCCGGGGCGGUUCACCUUCGACUCGUCGCCGGUGUUCGUCCCGCCGGCGGCGCUCGCGAUGCUGAGCGUCGUCGCCGUCGCCGUCGGAGCGUGGAGGGCGGUCACCGGUGGCGGCGGCGGCCCGGGCGUCGGGGAGUUCGUGUGCUGCGCCUGGCUUCUGCUCUGCUUCUGGCCGUUCGUGAGGGGCCUCGUCGGCGGCAGGGGAAGCUACGGCAUCCCCUGGAGCGUCAGGAUCAAGGCUGCCCUGCUCGUGGCCGCGUUCGUGCACCUGUCCACACGCAAGUAACUUGCCCGGCCCCGGCGUCGACUCACCACUGCUACUGCUGCGGAAGGUUUUCAUGUCAGAGACCCGUAAUAAUGCAGACAACAGCAUGUUCCGCCUAAGAUUUGUACACAACUCUCUGCUUCCACUGCUUGUAUAGAAUUCUUGCUCAAGAUUACAAGUCGAGGCCAGUGGUCGGCGAUAGAAACAGCGAGUAUUAUUUUAUCCUACUCCCACCA